AUGAUUGUAGUCGCCUGGGUUGUGUUCUGUGCUAGCAGAAGCCUUCUGCAAGGUUUGCUGCUGACUCUAGAGCACCACCUCCCCCCCUGGCUGGCAGCCCUGGGGGCUGGCAGGAUGGGCAACUCCUGCGUGUGCCGCGACGACAGCGGAGCAGAGGACGGCGCAGCCUCCCGGGGCCGGCCGGCGGAGAGCGGCAGAGCUCUCGUCCCCGAGGCAAGGAACCACCCCAGGGACCCUGUCAGGCCCCCCAGGAGGGGUCGAGGGCCUCAUGAGCCCAGGAGGAAGAAGCAGAACGUGGAUGGGCUGGUGCUGGACACGCUGGCUGUGAUUCGGACCCUGGUGGAUAAGUAA